GCCGCUGCUCCAGUCAAAAGUCAUAGCCUCCCUGCUGAUUGUGCUGCAAUAAGGGGGCAACUCAGCCUGCAAGUCAGCCCCAAACCUCACCCCUUCCCUCCUGCCAUGUACACCAUCACCAGAGGACCCAGCAAGUUAACCACCCAGAGGAGAACAGGUCCCAAGCAGCAGAUUGAUACAAAGUUGCAAGAGUUAAAAAGCAAACAGUUGCUGAUCUCCAACUCAGCCAGCACCUGCCAGCCACCUCCAAGCAAUCAAGUUCCAAAACUUGUCUUCAACCGGGUAAAUGGCAAGCGAAUCCAGGCACAGCUCCCAUCACCGGAGGAGGAGGAGGUCUAUACACCAGAGCACGAAGAGAAUGUCCGCUUUGUUUAUGAGGCGUGGCAGGAAGUACAACAGAAACUGGACAAACAGAACGGGGGCUCCACACAACAAUAUCAAGAUCAGAACCCUGAUUCCUCCAUUAAGAACUUUGUCCCGAUUGAUCUUGAAGAAUGGUGGGCUGAGAGAUUCCUUGCUAACAUUGAAAACUGUGCUUGAAGACGUAUGACGUAGUGUUUUUAACAUUUGUUUAAUCUGGAUGCACAAAAUGACUACUCCCACAGGGUUCCAUUCCCCCACUCUUCUAUUGGUCAGAGAAUAUCCACUCUUUCCACCCAUCAGAACCCAAGAAAAAACACUAAAAUGACAUUUAAGCACUCUUGGUGCUGAAGAACCCCUCCCUCCAACUCUGUUCAACCCUUAAUCUAAAUGAGGAGUCGGAGACAGCAGCUACUUGCUCCUUGUGUGCUUGGGUGUUGCUUUCUCUUGUUUUUUAUUGCACAAAAGAAAUGGUACUGGUUACUGUUUUAACAAAACUGAAAAAGGGGGGUAAUGCAGAUACAGAGCGCUGAUCUGCAUUCUAUGCAGUCACAGAGCCAGUUCCUCGUAGGCGUUACCCUGUGUUAUAAAUGACAAGCUGUGAUUUGUUUGUUUCCCUUUAUCUGUUCAUCACACUAGUAACACAGCAUUGGACAACAGACAUUAUUGCAUCGUUUUUUCCCCUGGCUGCAUUGGUCUCAAUGUGUUGAAUGCAACCCUUUAGACAGGUCUCCACUUUUUCCUUUUUUUUUAUGUGAGGGGUCUGUACAGAGUGGGAAAUGUCUAUUUUUCUAAAUAAAGUCAGGUUUUUGGCUCAAGCUGUAUAUUUCUGUCGCUAAUGUUAAUAUAAUCUGGAUCUGUACCUUGCUCUGUUCAAGACUAUUUGCCUGGCUGUGCAUCAUGGGAAUUGUAGUUUUGCAGAAUCUGUGGAAUGAUCUGUUUUCCUACCAACUCCAUACUUCCCAUAAACCCUCUUGUGUUCAAAGGUGCCCUCUAAGCACCCUACCCAGUGCAGCUCAUUGACUUUUCGUUGCCCAGCCUAGGUGGCAUUGAUGGGGUGAGAGCCUUAGCGGAGCUCCUUGCUACUAGUAAGAUGGAAUCACACCUGAUAAUGCAGAAGCGGUGCUUUCCCUCUGACAAAAUAGGUAAACAGGAUUCAUAGUACCAUAACCACUACACUGGAUUCACAUGUUCUCACCUGCUCAGCCAAUUUAUUACCUAUAAAAUACAGGUGCUAGCACCCUUAACUUUAUUUUCUUGUAUGUUUCUCACCCUGUUAGAUGUUUACUAUAAGUAAUGAGAUGUUAAUGGAAAGUAAAACACAAGGAGACGAUGUGUGUCAAAAAAGCAGCAUAAAUACAAUUUAUUCAGUAUACAAUCAAAUGCCUGUUUGGAUCAAUCUGUUAAUGUGGGCCAAAGAAGAGAGGAAUCUUUGCAGUGGAUCACAAGCACUCGUGACUUAUCACUCUCACGCAAGGGACACCUUUUUAUCAUUUUAAAGAAACGCUUUUU